GGGCGAGCGGCGGCCGGGGACGCCGGGCCCUUCUCCCCCCGCCCCGCCGGGCCAGGAGCUGCCCGAGCCGCGGGGGAUGCCAGCGCGGCCACGGCCGGCAGCGACCCGCGGGCAGCGCCGGGAGCAGCGCCGGGAGCAGCCGGAUGUUGACACAUGUGGACCAACAGUGACAUCCUUUUUCAGCAACGCUAUCUUUACUCCCUCCUGCAUUCAGAAGCAUCUAGAGAUACUUUUUUGUGGAAGGCAUCCUCAAUGCAUUUGCUUGCCAUUUUUUGAGGAGACUUUGCUAAAAACAUUCUGGAUUGUGUUUCUGAGUGGACAAAAGAUUUGUAUUCAAAAUGCUCAUAAAGGAAUAUCGUAUUCCUCUUCCGAUGAGUGUGGAAGAAUAUCGAAUUGCGCAGCUGUACAUGAUACAGAAAAAGAGCAGAGAGGAGACAUGUGGGGAAGGCAGUGGAGUAGAGAUCCUGGAGAACAGGCCAUACAUGGAUGGACCAGGAGGCAGUGGGCAGUACACGCACAAAGUGUACCACAUUGGUAUGCAUAUACCCAGCUGGUUUCGGUCAAUAUUGCCCAAGGCAGCUCUGCGAGUUGAAGAGGAAUCAUGGAAUGCAUAUCCUUAUACAAGGACAAGAUAUACAUGUCCUUUUGUGGAGAAGUUCUCUAUUGAUAUUGAAACAUACUACAAAACUGAUCCAGGAGAGCAUGUCAACGUGUUCAACCUUUCUCCUGCAGAAAAAAGACAAACUGUUCUAGAUCCUAUCGAUAUUGUUAAAGAUCCUAUCCCUCCACAUGAAUACAAACCAGAGGAGGAUCCAAAGCUGUAUAAAUCAGUGAAGACUAAAAGAGGCCCGCUAUCAGAAGACUGGAUUGAAGAGUACAAGAACAACCUUGGGAAAUACCCCAUCAUGUGUGCAUACAAACUUUGUAAAGUCGAGUUCAGAUAUUGGGGGAUGCAGUCGAAAAUUGAGCGGUUUAUCCAUGAUGUUGGCUUGCGGAAGGUCAUGGUCCGUGCCCAUCGGCAGGCUUGGUGCUGGCAGGAUGAAUGGUAUGGGCUCACCAUUGAGGAUAUCCGGCAGCUGGAGAAGGAGGCACAGCUUAUGUUGGCUCAGAAGAUGGCCCAGUUCUGCAGUGAAAAUGAUACUGAGCAGCAUGGAGGCAAAGAUACUCCUGGUGAAAAGGAUGUUGAAGCCAAAACAGUUUCACCUGUUGACACAGAGGAUGUCACUGGUAACAGCGAAACAACCUCUGGAAAAUCACUUACCAAGCAAUGGUCCACCUCUUCCAAGUCCUCACGAUCUUCAAAGAGAGGAGCAAGUCCGUCACGCCAUAGUAUCUCUGAGUGGAGGAUGCAGAGCAUUGCCAGAGAUUCAGAUGACAGCUCAGAUGAUGAAUUCUUUGAUGCAUAUGAGGACUUGUCUGACAAUGAGGAAAUGUUCCCAAAAGAAAUAACCAAAUGGAGUUCCAAUGAUCUGAUGGAUAAAAUUGAAACCCCAGAAUGUGAUGAUGUCCAGGGUGACUUGUAUCAUGAGACAUCUGCAGAGUACCAUGUUGACUCCAGCAUGGAGAGGCUGAGCAUCAUUGAAGAUGAAUCAGUGCAGCCAUUGAUGCAGCCAAGUAAAAUCCAUGUCCUUCUCUUGGUACUCCAUGGAGGGAACAUCCUGGACUCAGGAGGUGGUGACCAGAGCUCUAAACAAGGGGAUGUCAAUACCAUCACAACAGUGUUUGACACAGUGAUGAGGGUACAUUACCCAGCUGCUCUUGGACACAUUGCCAUCAGGCUAGUCCCUUGCCCAGCCAUCUGCUCCGAAGCAUUUUCGCUGGUGUCCAGCCUCAGCCCAUACAGUUAUGACGAAGGCUGCCUGUCCAACAGCCAGGAUCACAUUCCCCUUGCUGCACUCCCUCUGCUAGCAACAUCAUCCCCACAGUAUCAGGAAGCGGUAGCCACAGUCAUUGUCAGAGCCAACCAGGCCUACAGUGAGUUCAUCAGAUCCCAGGAGGGCACAUCAUUCAACGGCCAGGUGUGCUUGGUAGGGGAUUGUGUUGGAGGUAUCUUGGGAUUUGAUGCCUUGUGCUACAGCAAUCAGACUGUGUCUGAGAGCCAGAACAGCAGUCGUCGAGGAAGUGUUGUGAGUGUCCAGGAUACUGACCUCCUAUCUCCUGGAAUAACGGUGAACAACAGCUAUUGUUCCAGUGGCUCUAAUCUGGAAGCCAGCAGACACCUCAGCAGGAGCAACAUUGAUAUUCCCCAUAACAAUGGAGAAGAUCCAAAGAAGCAGCUGCCACGAAAAAGGAGUGAUUCAUCAACCUAUGAACUGGACACAAUAAAGCAGCAUCAAGCCUUUCUUUCAAGUUUACAUUCUAGUGUUCUCAGAAAUGACCCAGGAUCCAGGCGAUCUAGUAGCUCUACUAUGUUGGAUGGAGGAAAUAUUGGAAAGUUCGAAUUUGAGAUCACUGACUUCUUCCUCUUUGGUUCUCCCUUGGGUCUGGUUCUUGCACUGCGAAAAACGGUCAUUCCAGCUCUUGACAUUUUUCAGCUCAGACCAUCUUGUCAGCAGGUCUAUAACCUGUUCCACCCUGCAGAUCCAUCUGCUUCACGCCUUGAGCCUCUUCUUGAGAGAAAGUUCUACCUUUUGCCUCCUUUUAAUAUUCCCCGUUACCAGAGGUUCCCACUGGGUGAUGGCAAUUCUGCUGUUCUGGUUGAGACAAUCCAGGACAAUCCUGUCCUCCUCAUGGAAAGUAGCCCUCUGGGUGCUCUCCAGCACCAGGACAGCUUCAUGGAAACAAGUAUCCCUGUUCCCGUACUGAAUUGGCAAGAUGUUUCCAAUAAAAGUGCUGGUUUUGCUGAGUCAGAUGUUGUUCAGUCUCAUGGUGCCGUCUUCAUGGAAAGCACGUCCCUGUCCACCCCCAUUUCAGCCCCCCAGUUCAGGGGCUUCCGGAGAGCCAGUGAGAUCAGCAUUGCCAGCCAGGUCUCAGGAAUGGCAGACAGUUACACUGCUUCCAACAUAGCCAACAAAAUCAAACACCACCCUAAUCAUUGUAGAGGCUUUAGCCUUCUGUCCCAACUUGCCCUCCCUCACAAAUCCCCUACCCAAACCUCGUCCAAGAGAUGUAGGCAGCAUAAACGUGAAAUCCCUUCAAAGGGAAGAAAGCUCAAAGGGCCAUGGAGUCAGGCUGCAGGCUGUGCUCUCUGGAUACCCGACCUGGACAUCAAGACAGUUGCUGCCAAGUGGUGGGGAACCAAAAGGAUCGACUACGCUCUCUACUGUCCUGAUGCUCUGACAGCUUUCCCAACAGUUGCCUUGCCACACCUCUUCCAUGCAAGCUACUGGGAAUCCACAGAUGUUGUCUCCUUCCUGCUGAGACAGGUGAUGAGGCAUGAGAACUCGAGUGUUUUGGAGCUGGAUGGGAAGGAGGUGUCUGUCUUCACCCCCUCCAAGCCCCGCGAGAAGUGGCUUCGCAAGAGGACACAUGUGAAGCUCCGGAACGUCACAGCCAACCACAGGAUAAAUGAUACCAUCGCUAAUGAAGAUGGGCCCCAGACCUUAACAGGAAGGUUUAUGUACGGUCCGUUAGAUAUGGUCACGCUCACAGGAGAAAAGGUGGACAUUCACAUCAUGACCCAACCACCGUCAGGAGAGUGGGUUUACUUUGACACUGAGAUCAGCAACAGCAGUGGCAGGAUUUCUUACGUCAUCCCUGAGAACCGGCGUCUGGGCAUUGGCGUGUACCCCGUCAAGAUGGUGGUCAGGGGUGACCAUACAUAUGCAGACAGCUACAUCACAGUCCUGCCAAAGGGGACGGAGUUUGUGGUGUUCAGCAUAGAUGGCUCCUUUGCAGCCAGCGUAUCCAUCAUGGGCAGUGACCCCAAAGUCCGCGCUGGAGCAGUUGAUGUUGUAAGGCACUGGCAAGACCUUGGCUACCUCAUUAUCUAUGUCACAGGCCGCCCUGACAUGCAGAAGCAGAGGGUGGUAGCAUGGUUAGCACAGCACAACUUCCCCCAUGGGAUCGUCUCCUUCUGCGACGGGCUUGUUCACGACCCCCUGCGGCACAAGGCCAACUUCCUGAAAUCCCUCAUCACAGACCUCCACAUGAGGAUCCAUGUGGCAUAUGGAUCUACUAAGGACAUCUCUGUGUACAGCUCCAUCAGCCUCCCACCCACUAACAUCUACAUUGUUGGCCGACCCACCAAGAAGCUGCAGAGCCAAUGUCAGUUCAUCACGGAGGGGUAUGCAGCCCACCUGGCCCAGCUGGAGUACAACCACCGUGCACGCCCCGCCAAGAACACCACACGCAUGGCAUUGCGGAAAGGCAGCUUUGGGCUGCCGAACCAGACCGAGUUCCUGCGCAAGAGGAAUCACCUGCUCCGGACCAUCUCCUCCCAGCCUUCGGCCACCAGCAGCUGUGCCGGCCACCGCCCUGAACGCACCCAGAGCCAGUCUGAGAGUGACAAGGAGAGGGACAGGGAACGCAGCCAAAGAAGCAUGAGCAUUGCCACAGGGUGCUGGGGUCGGAGCGGAGCAUCCCGGCUGGAGUCUGGCCUCCUGGGGCAGAAGUAGCCAGG